AUGGAUUCUGACGCGAGACAUGCAGAAAAUGAGGGUGAUGAGGUAGGACAUGCAGAUGAUGAGUAUGAUGAGGUGGUACAUUCAGAUAAUGAGUGUGAUGAAACCAUUGAAGAGCCAAAGGUUGGAAUGGAAUUUUCACCGAUAGAAGAAGUUUGGUCUUACUAUAAGAAGUAUGGUAAGCAGAAGGGGUUUGAGGUGUGUAAAAGGAAUUCUAAACAAGGAGAUGAUGGGAAUGUCAGAUGGCUUACAUUCGUAUGUGCGCGACAAGGCACAUCAAAGAGUAAGGCUGCCAAUAUUCUCAAGCCAAGACAAACAGAGAAGAUAGGAUGUAUGACUAGGAUUAAUGCUACAAUGAAUGGCGAAGGUGGAUAUACCCUAUCUAAAGUAAAGUUGGAACACACACACAUUUGUAGUCCUAGAAAGGCAAGACAUAUGAGAUGCUUUAAGAAGGUUGAUGCUCGUGUGGCUAAGAGGUUCGAAAUAAAUGAUGAGGCAGGAAUACGAAUGUCCAAAAAUUUCAAGGAUGUGGUUGUUGAGGCAGGGGGUUACGAAAAUGUGUCAUUCGGGGAGAAAGAGUGUCGAAAUUACAUUGACAAAGCACAACAACUUCGUCUCAAGGUUGGAGGUGUUGAAGCUUUAUACACCCGGAGUAGAGCUGCAUAUGAAUCAUUUGUGGAUGUGAUUACAUUUGACACAACAUAUCUAACUAAUGCAUAUAAGAUGCCUUUUGCACCGUUUGUGGGUGUGAACCACCAUGGUCAGUCAAUUUUAUUCGGAUGCGGAUUGAUUUCCAAUGAGGAUGCACAUACAUUUGAGUGGUUGUUUGAGUCAUGGUUGAAAUGUAUGAAUGACCAACCGCCAAAGGCAAUCAUCACAGACCAAGACAAGGCAAUGAAAAUUGCAAUUUCAAGGGUGUUUCCAACGUCUAGGCAUCGCUUCUGCUUGUGGCAUAUAAUGAAAAAACUUCCUGAGAAAUUUGGUUCACAUUCUCGAUAUGAGGAUAUCAAAAGUACUCUACAGAAGUACGUGUAUGACUCUUUAAGCCAACAUGAAUUCGAAGAACGUUGGCGUGAUUUGCUCGAUACCUAUGAUCUGCAUGAGAAUGCAUGGUUGGGAUCACUAUAUAGUGACCGGUGUUUUUGGGUGCCGGCCUAUGUUAGAGAUACAUUUUGGGCAGGAAUGUCAACUACACAGCGAAGUGAAAGCAUGAAUGCCUUUUUCGAUGAUUAUGUUAAUUCUAGGACAACUCUCAAACAAUUUGUUGAUCAGUACGAUUCAGCCCUUAGAAGGAAGGUAGAGAACGAAGCAAUUGCUGAUUUUAGUUCAUUUAACACUGAGAUUCCUUGCAUCAGUUGCUAUCCUCUAGAGAAACAAUUUCAAAAAACAUACACAAUUGUAAAAUUCAAAGAAGUACAAGAGGAAUUGCGGGGAUUUCUAUAUUUGACUACCUCGUUUAUGGGAUGUGAGGGCGGUAGAUAUGAGUUCGUAGUUGUCGAUGAAGUUCAAGUGUAUGAUAACUUAUUAAAACGUGCAAACUACAUUGUCAAAGUUAAUGAAGAUCCCUUUGAUGUUAAAUGCAGUUGUAAUUUGUUUGAGUUUAGGGGUAUAUUAUGCAGACAUGCUCUUCGUAUCUUGACUCAGCUAGGCAAGCAUAUAGUUCAAUCAAAAUACAUUUUGGAUUGGUGA